AUGAAGUUUGAAACUGAGGAAGAGGCAUAUGAUUUCUAUAAUUCAUAUGUCGGUCGAGUCGAUUUUAGCAUUCGCAAAGAGUAUUUUAAUAAGAGCAAGAAGACUGGUAAACUGUCAUCGAGAUUGUUAACAUGUUGCAAGGAGGGUUUCAGGGGUGACGACAUUCGGAACAGUAAUACGAAGACUCCCAGGGCCGAAACACGAACUGGUUGCCUUGCUCGAAUGCUUAUUCAAGUUUCCAAGUAUACGUAUAAGUUUGAAUUUACAAAAUUUGUUGAAAGCCACAACCACCCAUUGAUGAUUGAUGAAUGCAUGCACAUGCUGCCGUCGCAACAUAGAAUUAGCCGCGUUCACUCCAUUGAUUUGGAAUUGGCUUCUGAAUCAGGAAUAAGCCCUCGGAAUUCAUAUGAGUUGAUGGGAAGGCAAGCUGGUGGAAAAGAAUCAAUCGGUGAUCAAAUGAUCACUAACAUAUUCUGGGUUGAUUCAAAAAUGAUAGUUGAUUAUUGCAAUUUUGGAGAUGUAGUAAGUUUUGACACAACAUACAAAGUUAUACAUGGCAACCGUCAAUUUGGAAGUUUCUUGGGGUUGAAUCAUCACCGGGAGACUGCUGUGUUUGGAGUAGCGUUCAUGUAUGACGAGACUGCAGAGUCGUUUAUCUGGUUGUUUGAAAUAUUUUUGAAAGCAAUGUCUGGUAAAGCGCCAAAGACAAUCUUCACUGAUCAAGAUGCUACAAUGGGAAAGGCAUUGAUGCAGGUGAUGCCAGGGACAAAACAUUAUUUGUGUGUUUGGCACCUAAUGCAAAAUGCACAGAAGCAUCUAGGGUUCUUGUUUAGACGUGCGCAAGGCUUUAAGAAGAUGUUAUCAAAAUUAAUGUUUCAAAUUGAGGAGGAGGAAGAAUUUACCAGGGAAUGGAAUUUAAUGAUAACGGAAUAUGGCGUUGUUGGUAACAUAUGGUUUACAAAUCUGUUAGGUUUGAAACAUAGAUGGGCCAUGACAUUUAUUAAGCGUGCCUGGUCUGCGGGUAUCCACAGCACACAACUGAGUGAAAGCUUCAAUAGUUGCUUAAAGGCAUACUUAUCCAGUCAACUAAUUCUUCUAGAUUUCUUCACACACUUUGAAAGGCUGUUGUCCGACAAGCGUUACAAGGAGUAUGUAGCCGAGAAUGGGUUGCUCCACAAUCUACCUCAACUGAAAACAAACUGUAACAUAUUAGUACAGGCGGCAAACCUGUACACAAAGGUUAUAUUUAAUAGUUUCCAGGAGGAGUUCUUAGCAGCUAGUGCCAGUCAGAGGAUCAUUGGUUGCAGUCCCAUUGAGGGCAACGGAGGCUGUGUUUACAAAGUCGUUGGUGAGGAUGGAAUGCAAUGCGACGUGACGAGGACAUCAGAAGAUGAAUUGUUAUGUUCUUGUUGUAAAUUUGAAAAGGAGAGUAUUAUGUGCAGGCAUAGUUUGAAAAUCCUAAAUGAAUCCAUGUUCGCCAAUACAUUGCCUCGUCGAUAUAUAUUAAAAAGGUGGACUAAAAGUGUAAGAGAUGGCAGCUUGGAGGAAAAUCUUUCCGGUGAAGUGAUUGUCGAUGCUGAACCAAAAAUUGAGGUUAGGAGACGGCACAGGAAUUGCAAUGAAGGCCUUCAAUCCGGAGAGGCAGGUGCCAGUACUCAUAGUGGAACAAUCCCCUACCACGUGUUAGUGAAUGGCUGUGAAAUUCCAAUUGAAUUUCUUAAUGAAGACAGUUAUAUGACGCCACCACAACGUUUAAUGCAUCAGAUAAGGUUUUCGCAACCACCUGGUGAAACCUUUGUUGCCGAUUUAUGCAAUUCCAAUACCAAUUAUUCAUAUGAUGAUUACUUCAGUGAUGGUUUCAGAAUUGAUAAAUAUGAUCAUAUUGAAAGAUAG